AUGACAUAUUAUUGGCUUGAAAACCGCAAAAUGCAUUCGAAAAGUUUUGCCUUUGAUCGGAUUAAAAAUAAAGUCAAAGGUCGACGUGCAAGCGAACCUUCGGCGAAAACGAUAUCUUCAGCUUCUUCAUCUCCACGGCCGUCGCAAGAUUUACUGGGAGGCAUAUUUACUUCCUAUAGAGGGGAAUCGCCCGCUUAUUCACCACAUAGAGGUCUGGAAAGUUCUAUUCUGUCACCACCCCCUGUUGUUAUUGUUGAACCUCCAUUGGAGCCUCGAAACGGAUCAUCUCCCUCCGCUUCUACUACUUCAAGACGAAUGAGAGCACAAAGUUUGUCGCUGUUAGGAGUCAACAACCCGCUUAGUACAUCAGGUGGAUAUCUAAGUUCCCGAUCUCGUUCAAGAAGCAACUCCAAUCCAAGGAUUUUAAGAACAAGUAAUCGGAAAUCGAGUAAGGAAUUAGCCCGUCACGAGUCCAAUAUGGUGGUUCAAAAGAAACUUAACGCAUUGCUUCUGGAUCUAGGUGUUCAUUCUCCAAUUCCGUUAAGAACAACAAACAACAAUCUCAAUGGAUCUGUUGCUAAGAACUUUAAAAUUCAUAUUGCUAAUUCCAAUGAUGUGAUAUAUCUACCUCCUGCUCUCCACGCCUCCUCCACCUAUGAUGAUUUCGAUAGCGGGAUGGGAAUUCCUAUCGAUGGAUAUAUAGAUCAAAGUCGGUAUCGUGCUGAAGAAAACUCUCGUUCACCCACCUCUUCGUCCGAAGAAGAUAGCGACGAGAUAGCGUCGUCCACUGGUGGUAAAUCACAACACGAUCCUCCUCCUGACACUGAUAAUGUUCCUAAACAUCUUAAACAACAAUUGAAACUGUUUCAGGCACCCAACUUUCUUUCCACAAAGAUUGAAUCAGCAAACCAUAUCCCACACACAUUUGCAGUCGUCAUAGAACUUGAAAAGGACGAAUGUCAUUUGAAGGAAAUUAAUAUCUCGCUAUCUUCUCAAACAAAUGUUAGUUGGCCACUGGGGGAUUCAUUCAAUCGUAAUUUCAACCGAGAGAAGUUUAAUAUUGGGAAUAUGGAGUGGUGUUUCCCCAACUUGAAUGCUGCAGACUAUUUUAUUAGUACUUCAAAUACAAAUGACAGCAAAUGCAAGCAAUUAUCACCAGAAGAAUUGGCAUGGAGAACACGUGAGUACCAAUUGAAGGUUUCACCAGAUUGUUCAUCGGGCAAUAGUACAAAUAAAGCUUCAGGAAAAACAUCAGGCUCAUCUCACAAUCAGUCCACUAGUUCGAGCCACCAUUUUCCACUUGAAUUCAUUAAAGACAUUCAUGAUUAUGUUGAUGGGCUUCAUAACGAGAAGGAAAAUCAUAAUCACAAUCAUAAUCAAAAUGAGGAUAAUACUACGUAUAAAGCUGGUCUUUAUUUGUUUAUUUUACCCAUUUUGAUCCCCUUCAACAUCCCACCUACGAUCAAUUCCAUUAACGGGUAUUUAAACCAUUUUAUGAAUGUCAAUAUGCAGAAAGUUAGUGAAAAGUUUAACAGAAAGAGCUCCAUCUAUGCUCAAUACAAUGUUCCAAUGAUAAGAACACCUCCUUCAGUGGGUGAUUCGGUGGCAGACAAACCAAUUUAUGUUAACCGUGUAUGGAAUGAAUCCCUCCAUUAUAUAAUCACAUUCCCCAAGAAAUAUGUCAGUUUGGGCUGUGAGCAUGUCAUCAAUGUUAAGUUGGUCCCUCUUGUAAAGGAUGUCAUAAUCAAGCGAAUCAAGUUUAAUGUAUUGGAGAGAAUUACAUAUGUCUCCAAGGAUUUGGCUAAGGAGUACGAUUAUGACCUGGAAGACCCUUUCAAUUUAAGAUUCCCGGGUGAUAACUCUCGUAAAAGAGAACGAGUCAUCCCAUUAUGUGAAUUGAAGACAAAGAACAAAUACAACAAUAAUUUAGUGGACCCAUACAAGGAAGAGGUUAUCAAAUGCCCUGAUAAUAAUCUAUUAUUUAGUUGUUACGAGUUGGAGGACCCCACUGCUGUUAAUUCGAAAUAUAUUGCUACUCCAUUGGAUAUAAAUGUGGCAUUACCGUUCUUAACAACGAAACUUGAUAAGCUUGUUUUAACUUCAUCUGUUCUGGAGCCAAAAACACCUAACCGUAUUGUUUCCCGUAAGGCAAGUAUUGUUGAUCCUAUUUCCAAUUCACCUUCGUCUCCUUACAUUGGUGCUUUGGAAACAAGCAUUGCACACGAUGGAAUACAAGAUGACUCUGUUGAAUUAAAAGUUGAUACUGUCUCUUUAUUUGGAAAUGAAGAACUGAUAAUACGCAACAACUUGAAAGAUGGAUACACCCUUCUUUCUAAGGCCUUAUACCCCGAUUCGAAUUAUCGUCAUAUUCAAAUUAACCAUCGGUUGCAAGUUUGUUUUCGUAUAAGUAAGCCUGAUCCAAAGGAUGGAUAUAAAAUGCAUCAUUACGAGGUUGUCGUUGAUACACCUCUUAUCCUCCUUAGUGCUAAAUGUGAUGAUACGUCGACCCAAUUGCCAAAAUACGACGAGAUUGCAACCCCUAGCACUUUGAAUGACUCAAGCAAUAUUUUCCGUACACCUGAUUACUCUGGACAGGGAGUCACCAUUAAAGCUUUGAAUGUCAAUGACGAUGGUACUAUAAACUCGUACACUGAUAGGUUACCUUCAUUUGAAGAGGCUAUAUCUCUGAAAACCACUCCUAUUAUGCGUACGUUUUCUGUGUCUGAAGACCCUUUGAGUCGAAUCCCAAGUAUAUCACUUCCCUCUUCAACAGAAAUGCCGCUUGGACCUGCUCCUGCUUACCUGGAUAUGAAUGAACUCGUGACAUCAGAGUUGCCGCCUGAUUUGAACUUGAGCGAGUCGGAAAUUAAUUCAAGCACCCAACCAAAUAUAAGAGAUUCUUUAGCAUGCUCAUUUGGUCAGAAAUCCAACAAGAUGACAAGCAAUUGCGAUGAACGAACGUCGAAGUCAAUUACUGAACAUCCGGAAUGUCAAGCAAACUGUACAUUGAUUGUAGACAAUAUGAAAUCAUCUUUGGAGAAUUACCUGGGAGAUUCUACUAAGGGUGUUCUGGUACCUUUAGAAUUCGAGGAGGACAUAAAUGUACCUAAAGAACCCAAAAAAGAUGCAAAUGAGACUAACGGUGACAACGAUUCAUACACUGACCAAACUACGCAAUCUACUGAUAGUCCAAUGACUAAUAAUGACACUAUUCUGUCAUUUCUGAUAACUGAAGAUGGAAAUAAGAAUGGUCCAUCACUAAGCCCUUCUCCACCUGUCGUUCCAACAGAUUCCAAUACUUCAGAGAAAAAAGUAGUUCCCUCUGGUGAUGAUAAUACUGGUGAUGAGAAAGAUAUGAUUGACCAUGAUUAUACACUGCUGCUUCCUUUACUUGAUAAUUACAGCACUGAUAACAUCAAGAGCAUUAUAGAGUCUCUCACCGAUCAAAUUUCUUUGAAACAAGAGCAGGACAUAUACCAUGCUGUUUGA